AAAAUUGCCACGUAUUUGAGUCGUUGAACAACAUCGUUCAAGUAUAAAACAUCCUCAUUGAUAAACGACUCGUCAUAACUAAAACAACUUAUUCACCAAAAGUUGGUAAAUACAUCAGAUCAAAAGAGCUGAAAACUGAGGUACGUAAAGUAUAAAACAUUCUACCAAGUAUUACAGAUAGAGACGUUUUAUUAGUUACAGUAUUUCGUCUUUUGAUUAUUUUACUUUGAUCAUGAACGGCCAUAUGGACACCACUGCGUAUGUGAAAAAAAAGUUCCUGUUACUGCCAACAGUUAAAGUACCUUUUUUUAUUCACUCUUCUCCUUUCCCCAAGAAAUGGUUAAUACCCAAACUAGCGAGUUGGGGAUAUGCUAGAGGAUGAAUUGCAUGGACUCGAGCCUUUGUAAUAUUUAGGUCUUUAAAGUCGCCAGUGGGUUUUGUGUUAAAGUGGGUGGUUGAAAUUGCGAGAUGACUUCGUAAGGCAAAACAGUGUGUACUGUAGUCAGUAUUUUCUGCCUACUUUUAUGUAAGGCAAGUCACGGCUCACCAGUGAAUUAGCAUUGUAGUAGUUAGGUUUGAGUUGUUAAGUAAGCGAAGUCGCGACUCGAAUGGGAGUUGCAGGUUGUGAGGUCACGGUUAAAGACCGUCACUGUAUUUUUUCACAAGUUUAUGUGUAUUUUUCCCUAACAUGAGGUCAUAUCACUGCAUUAAAAAGAUGUCCAAAGGUGAGUUCAGUGAAGUCUUAAAUUAAACAGAUAUUCUUUUUAUAUACCAUCGAACGAUUGUUAGUACCUGGUAUAACAAUAUACAAUUACCCUUUAGUGAUGCUUUAUCGUGCUUUUACAACUUCCUUGCAUUCGCUCAAACGGUUCUUUCGAUCCCCUUCUUAAAAGAGAAGACCUUACUUCACAUUUUCAUAGCACUUUCAACGUUUGUUAGCGGCAUAGCACUUUUUGAGACAAGAGAAUUUAUUCUAUGUCGCGGCUAUUAAAAAGGAAUGAUGUGCACUUCAUUCGAUGAUGUAAAUGUUACUGAAAAUAGAAGUUAACUGAACAGGCCAAAACGUUUUCACUCUGUUCUUUCAUCUAGAAGUGUAAAAUCCUGAAGACCGACUUAUAUAUCGUCAAAUAUAUCUGUAGAAAAUUUUCCUCUUCAAAAUAUCUUUUAUCAUCGGUCAAUUUCUUCUGUUUUUGUUUUGUUUUGUUUUGUUUUGUUUUUUCGCCUGAAGAAGGAAAGAAGUCAUAUCAAAAUGGAAUUGAACGUUUUAUUUCAGGGUUAUACAGUAUAACAGAAUUGUUCCAAAUGGGAAUACAAUUCCAUUGUUUGACUGUAUAAACAUAAAAUAAAAACGAACAUAAGCUUAUUAUCAAAAAAUCUUACAACAAUCGAUCCCAAAAUGCGAAACAACAAAGCGGUUCUAGUAGACUUUCCGAAUUGUUCCUUGAUUCGUAAUUCAGUUUUAUUAACAAGUCAUAUUUUCGAGAGACGACAAGAACCGGAGAAGUUCAUUUUGCUGUUUGCGAUAAGAUCGACAAAAAUUUGAAAUUCACACUGACUCGACGCAAGCAUGCGAUCCGAUGAAUAUCAAAUGACAGUCCUGCUAAAAUUUCUCUUAACAACUUAAAUGUAUAAUUAUACGAAUGUUUCGACAAUCAUCCAAUCAAAAUCACUACCCGGUUUUCGGAUAGUGACGUCACUGAACAGUACGGAACGCCCGGUACUUUCAGACGUCUCUCUCUGGAGUUUGUGACUGUAUAACUAUAUAACAUCUUUAUUAAUACAUAAAUUUGAGGCUUUUUUAUAUGGAUAUACUUAACUUAGAAAGACAAACCUAAGGGUGUUACUUCUAACCUCAGCGUUUAUAGCGUGAGUCAUUCAUUAUUGUGAAUUAAGUGCAUUUCCUGCGUGGUUAACAAUAAAUACCGUUUUCAUUCAUCCACCUUCUACGCAGGCUAAGAAAGAGAUGGUGCCUAAAAUAAAUCCCAGGGAUGUCCGUUUACCGCCUGUAUAGCUUAAACAUAUUCUCGGUGAUGGAUAUUGUUUCAUAGACUUUGAACGUAAACAUUUAAGGGGCACUCAGCCUCAUUCGGAUUUGACUUUAUCAUCUUGGCCAGACAUCAACAUCUUUCAGCAAUACUCACUGCUUGGGACGGACACCAGCUUUUUUAUCACUAAAACCCAAUCGAAAAUUGAGUAAGACGACCCCAACGAGGUCUCAUUUCCCCGCUCUUUUUGAACAACUCUGACGUGGGUUCAAUUACGUUUCCCAUAUAUUAAAAAUGGAGAUAAAUUAUCAAUUAAAGGCCUUAGUUGGCGUUCUGGCCGGUUCAAACCGGUGCAAGGCUUCCGCUUAGCAGAAGGGCAAUAAACCAACUGAGCUAACCAGGAGAUAAAUACCGGGCGAAGAAUAUGAAUUAAUAAAGUAAACUUGAGUCAAAGAAGAAUAAUCUGCCAGGGUGAUCUGCGAUCGGACUAUAUAAUUCCCUGGCGUACUUCUUUA